GGUCAGCCUCUUUUUUUUUGGUUUUCAGCUUUUACGAUUCCCUUAACCAAACAUCGCCUCUUUGGAAUCUGUUGUCGACUGACGUGGGGGGUGGAUUGAAGGAUUCAAGACAAACGACGACGACUUCUUGGGCAUUCGAUGUGAGCCGCUUGGGAAAUUGCUGGUAGCUCAGCAACAUCAAAUACAUCCAACAUACACGGAAGAUAAUCGCCCGCGAACGGGUAAUUAGAUCAGAGCGACGACGACAAUAUAUACGAAUACCAAUAUCGGACGGCAGAAGGGUUGAUCAUCAAGGCAAGAUCGCUUAUCAGACGAUUCACUGUAUACUAAAGGGUAUCAUCCUUUCGGCUUACAAAAGUACAACAUCACUCAUAUUUCCAAAAUGGCGGCAAAGGGAUACAGACUCAUUCGAAGGCCAUGGCGCAUGAGGCGGCCACUCUACUUUGGCAUGGUUUUCGAGUUACUCGGCAUCGUCGGUGUCCUCGUCCUCUUUGGAAUCCAACAACCAGACGUUUUCCGCACACAAUUCUGGGAGAUCGGCCAUCUCAUGGGAUGGAACUCAUCACCAAACAUGAUUCUCUACGCAUACGCCAACCACCAACCCUUACCUACAGUGCCCUUUGUAUGGUCACAACUAUUAACAGAUUACAACGUCGCCAUCUCCGUCGUCUCCCUCUUCAUCUUGCUCGUCAAGAUGAUCAUGAUCAUCAUGAAGUUCUUCUACCCGAUCCUCGGUCUGAUUGUCAGUCUCGGCCUCACGGUGGUCUACACCGUCUCCGUCUAUGGCCAAGCCGGGCCUGAUUACGCCGACCCCGAGCACCCUAGCCCUGUGCCGUGGUACAUUGCCAAGUCGUGCUCAGUCGCGAGGCCGUUCAACGCCGAGAAGAACUGCCAAAUUGCCAAGGGCGCUUUUGCUGCUACCAUUUACAUGCUGUUCCUCUACCUAGCAAACUUGGCCCUCUCCAUCUGGUCCAUGUGGCCCAACAAGAUGCUCGACAUGUACGACGACGACGAUGACAGCAACUCAGGCGACGAGCAAGAGAGCAAGCCCAAGGGCAAGCUGCCAAUCGUCAACGUCACUGCUCUUCACGGCGGCAUUGGCAUCAUGAGCGGCGGCAGCCCCAGUACGGGAUACUACGGAAACAAGGAGUGGGAGAUGCAACCUACGCAGCAGCCUCCUACGAGCCCGAGGGCGGUGCACAUGUCGGGGGCAAUGGGCGGCGGUCAUGGGGGUGUGGAGGCACCAAUGUUCACGCCCAGGACGCAGGCUUUUCAUGCGUUGGAUCGGAGGUUGCCUUUGAGGAGCGGUUGAGGGGUCCGGGUGUUGGUGUGUGUUAGUAUGUGGAACGAAGUGAUGAUGGCGGGUACUUAUGGAUGUGCGCGUACGGGGACUGCUCAAAGUGAGCGCGUGGGGGAUGAGUCCAAUUUCAUUGGACGAGGCCAAUGAUCACCUGUUUGGGUUUCCUGUUCAAUCCUUGGAAGGGGAUGGAAGGAACGACCUGCGAGGACGUCGAAACUGAAGUUCAUCUUGCUCAGGGAAACGACGGUUCUCGCGAAAGACGGGAAAAGUGCUGCUCAUCGGUUGCUCUUGCCAAAAAACAAGCUUCGGCCCAAGGAGAGGGAAACUACCUAAACAUGGUCAUCAUCAUCCGAGGCCAUCUUAUAGGAUGGAUGGAAUCCUCCAAUAUCACCGUGGGACAGGGCAGCACAGGUAUUCACAAUGCGGAGGGAAGGAAGCUGGAUCUUUUUGUCUCUCCAGCUACAUGAUACCAAUAUCUUUCCCUCCACAUCCCAUUCAUUCAUCCAUCAUUACUGGGUCCUCUUCUUUUUUCCCUUUUUCUGUCUUCUUCAUUUUCUUUUUGUACAUAUAUACCACGAGAAGGACUGGAACUGGAUUGUAUCAUAUUGAAUGGCUUGCCUACUCGCCAUGAAUGCUUCAAAGCAAAAAUGAAAGUCAAAACAAAAUAACAAAGUCCAAAUUGUUGACUGA